AUGAUAUAUUUAACUUACAUUAAGUUACAUUAAGCAAUCUGUAGCUUAUGUGUUUAUGCGCGACUAUAGCCAUUCGCGAUUGGCGUAAUCAUUAAACAGUCCAGCAUCAAGAGUUCCGGACCGUACGGAACUACAGUUGAAAAUGGUAGAGCCUAGCCACCACGUCUGGACGGAGCAUUUGGUUAAAGGACUACUUCGCAAAGGUCAUCAUGUACACGCAGUCAGCAUAUUAGAGAUUAAGGUCAAGGGUAAACUCGCGCAGAAUUUAACAUACGCCGUUUUCGAUGAUCUAAUGGAUACUUAUGAUGAAUCUAAUAAAUAUGACCCACUUGAAUGGCAGAAGUAUAGCGUAUUUUAUACAGCAUAUUUUGUAUAUCAGUGCGGUAUUAACGCAUGUGACACAAUGAUAAAAAUUAAAACAGCGAGAGAUCUUUUGAAAGUGAUUAAAACAGUCGAGUUUGACGUAAUAGUGCAAGGCGUUACUGCAAUUCAAUGUUUCUACGGAUUAUGGGAGGUAAAGCGAUCAACUUUAGUAAAUUUUAAUUGUUUAGACUAUUUUGAAACUGCAUACGACUUAGCAAAGUUGCCUCUUAAAUCGAGUGCGUUGCGUAACAAAUUGAAAGUGUCUAGUUAUUGCUCAUAUCAGCGGUAAUCUUCACAAUCGCUUCUUAUUAUUUGUUCAAAACGAUAGUUAAAUACGAUUUUAUCAGAACAUCUUUAAUGUGGAAAAUGUGAAAAAAUACGUGAAAUAUUUCGUGGCGUUCUCUGUACAGAUAAAUAGGGUAAUAAUCGGGAAGUUACUAAAGCUAUAUAAGUAGACAGACCGAAAUGACUAAAACAUUAUGCUGUAGAAGAAAUCAAUCAUUUUUAUUAGCACAUAGUACGCAAAAGAUUUACAUAUAUAAAUUUAUUAAAAUAAAUAUUAUUAAAAGAAUACAAGAAAAUUGUUGUCGUAUUUUGGAUGUAGUAUUUUAAUAAUAUAAUGUUCCGCUCGCGGAGAUUCUCUCUUACAAACUCGGCAGUUUCUUGUUGCGCAUUUUUAUAAAUAAUUGAAAACCCUCUGUUAUUGCAGUAACACUAACUUAACGAACAGGAAACAAUACACGGAAAUAAUAAUCAUACAUACCUCUGCACAAAGCGAUAGUUUAUUUUUAUAUAAGUAUAUUAUAUUUUUGUAGUUAAAGUUUGGAGCGUUCUGGGAACAAAAAUUAAAAAUUUUCUUUAACUUGAAAAGUUAUAAAAAGAACUUUUUUAAUAUAUAAAACUACAAAAAUAUUAAUUUAAAAUUAAUAAAAAAGAAUUUAAAAAGUGUGCAAGUAGAAGUAGUUUUUAAGUAAGCAAAUUUGAACACUACUUUCUCACAAUUUUUAAGUAUGCAAAUUAUAAAUUUGCACGUUACUUAAAGGGGCAUAUACCUUUCUCGGACCCAAAAAAAUAGCAUAUUUUAUGAUUUUUUCCGGCGAAAGUAUAAAAGAUACGAAGAUCGGGUUUUUCGCAAAUAAAAGUACGUAUUUUAGAGUGCAUUUUCUGAUUUUUAUUUUUUAUUUGCGAUGCAAAGUACUUCCCCUACAGCCCCUCACUCUAGGCCCUGCAUGUUUUUGCGGUAUCGGCGGAAUCUCCGAGCUGGCUCAUCUAAAGACAAAAAAUCAAAAAAGGUCUUAAAAUUUAUGAUAUUAUCUAGUCUCUGCCGAAUGCUUUUUGUAAUUGUUUAAUUAUUUCUAUUUGUUUUUUAAAAAACAAAAUAAAAAUUUUUGUUAAAAAUUGAUGUUUCAAGUUUAGAAGAUCGCCAUUUUGUUAAAAAUCAAAAUUUCGGAAAUCUCAUUCGACAGCGACUAGAAAAUAUCAUUUAAAAAGAACUUUUUUGAUUUCUUGUCUUCAGAUAAACCAGCUCGGAGAUUCUGCCGGUCAUGCAGAGCCUAGGGCGAGGGGCUGUAGAGGAAGUACUUUCCAUCACAAAUAAAAAACAAAAAUCAGAAAAUACACUAUAAAAUAUGUACUUUCAUUUGCGAAAAACCCGGUCCUCGUAUCUUUUAUACUUUCGCCGAAAAAAAUCGUGAAAUAUGUUAUUUUUUGGUCCGAAAAAAGUAUAUAUGCCCUUCAUCAACAUUUUAUUUUGCUCAUAAAGCUUUUUCUUAUGAGGAAGCCUGUUUUCUUUAUGCAUAAUUAUUAAUAAAUAUUUAUUAAUUU